ACAAUUUCUGAUGUCAUCUUCAGGGUGUCUGAAAAGCUGGUAAACUUGCCAAGGUCCAUCCAGCAGAGUGUCUCGCCUGCAUCUGCAGCUGGAGGACGGAAACACGUCCUUCUGCUGGCUACGACUCGCUCAGGCUCUUCUUUCGUUGGUGAAUUUUUUAACCAGCAGGGAUCCAAUAUGUUUUACCUGUUUGAGCCGCUGCGGCAUGUGGCGCUAAUGUUAUCAGUCAAGAUGGACGGGACGAACGCCACAGUCGCUGAACCAGUGUAUCGAGACGUUCUGCAUCAGCUGUUCCUCUGUGACUUUUCCUUGCUGGAGAGCUUUAUCAAACCCCCGCCGAAGGAUCAUGUGACAGCUGCGCUCUUCCGCCGUUAUUCUAGCCAGUCGCUGUGUGAAGAAUCCGUCUGCACGCCGCUUGUUAGAAAAGCGUUUGAGCAAUUCCAGUGCAUAGAGCGGCGCUGCGGGCCGCUCAACCUGACGCUGGCCUCUCAGUCCUGCAUGCAGAAGAAACAUCAUGCGAUUAAGUCCGUCCGUGUCCAGCAGCUAGAGACGCUACGGUCGCUGGCCGAAGAUCCUAGACUCGACAUGAAGUUCAUCCAGCUGGUCAGGGACCCUCGCGCCGUUCUCGCCUCACGAAUGGUUGCCUUCUCCAGAGAGUACAAGAUCUGGAAGAAGUGGGCCGUGGACGAAGACCUUCCAGUGGAUGAGGUUGAAGUGAGAAAACUCAAAGAAAACUGCGACAACAUCCGCAUGUCUGCUGAGAUCGGACUCGAGCAGCCACCAUGGCUUCGCGGACGCUACAUGCUAGUGCGUUAUGAGGACAUCGCACGAUUCCCCAUGCGCAAAGCUGCAGAGAUGUACAGCUUUAUAGGCAUUCCCUUCACCACAACGGUGGAAGAGUGGAUCCUAAAAAACACUCAGGCAUCUAAGAAAGUCAGUGAAGUUUUUUCCACCCAGAGAAAUUCCUCUGAACAGGUGGAGAAAUGGAGGUUCAGCAUUCCCUUCAAACUGGUUCAGCUGGUGCAGAAAGCAUGCGGCCCCACCAUGACUCUGUUCGGCUACAAGUUUGCUGAAAACAAAGACAUGUUGAUCGAUAAAUCAGUGAGCCUGAUCGAAGACAGAACAUUCUUAUGAUACUGUACAUACUUCAUGAAGAAGAAUGCUGAGAUUUAGGAAGUUGUUUGUGACAUGAUUGAAAUAUUAUGCAGAAAUGAAUUAUAUAACUUAAGCAUUACUGAAUGAAGAAAUAUUUUGACAAGUACAGUAGAAAAGAUAAUUGAGUUGAAGUGAAUUGGCACAUAGCAGGUGUUUGGGGUGUUUUCAACUGUACUGUAUAUACUAUAUGUUUUGAGGGAAAUUAGCUAACAGACGUUUCUGAUCUGCUUCAGUGUGUUCAGAUAUUCUUUCCUCCUAUCCGCUGUCAAUAAAAGACACAAUGAUUU